AUGUCUACGAAACAAUUUUAUCUUCUUGGCGAAGACAUCACCACAGCUCGCGAUAUCGAGCUACCAGAGUCAACUGAUUUUGAAGAACUCCAACAUCACAUUGCCGCCCAUUAUAGCAUAGUUGAUCCCAAAGGGGUUGGCUUCUUAUAUGACCAGCGCAGACUGACAGCUGUUGCGGACAUUGUCGCCAAAGAUGGCCCUGUGGCUGUCACUAUUGAUGGCAAGGCCGUGCGUGAGGUGCCCUCACCAGCUGGCAUUCCGUAUUUUGGAAACUAUCUAGAAAUCUACCCAGAUCAUCUGGGUAACCACCAAAGACUAUUUGAGAAGCUCGGUCCUUUGUUUUCCACAAGCAACAUGGGAAGCCGGGUCUACCAAACAAACGACCCUAAGCUCGCCACAAUCUUCUUCAGCGAGAGCGACUUCUUCAGCAAGCACAUCAUUCCCGGUCAUCCUCUCUUUCCGAUCAAGUCUCGCGAAGCAGGUGUGUUUUUGGGUGAUACGGAUACUGAGGAAUGGAAACUUGCACACAAGUUCCUGCCUCCUGCACUGGGACCCAAGGCUGUCCGCCACUACGCACCCACUAUGCAAAAGAGCGUCGAGGAGGCUUUCAAGGUGUUCGACGAGCUGGAUGAGAGAGGUGAGGCUUGGAAUGUCUACCAGUACAUGCUGAAGCUUGGCUCUCAGGCUGUCGGGAAGUUGGUACUCGGCAUGGACUUUAAGCACUUUACUGGUGUGGAUGCGCCGCUGCACGAAAUGGUCAUGAAGAUUGCCGAGAACCUGGAGCUCAACAAAAGGGUGUCGACGAUGGGUGCGUGGUACGCCAACAUGCCGUUUGGCGACCCCAAGAAGCUCCGUCAAACAAAGGCGCGCAUUGAGGAAAUGUUGCUGGAGUCUAUUGCGCAGGCUUCCAGGGGCGAAGAGGAUCUUGAGCUCCAGGACGCAGCCUUGAAGGCUGAAAACGUUGUCGAUUAUUUUCUCCGCGCACAGGACAGCAAGGGCAACAAGCUUCCACCUGCACAGUUUGCGCCAGCACUCGUCGUGGCCACCGGCGCCGGAUUCACAACCACUUCCUCCCUGCUGUCGUGGCUCCUCUACAGCCUGGUCCAGUACGAAGGCACCCAGGAGCGCCUGCUGCAGGAGCUCAUCGACAAUGACUGGGACGAGGACACGCAAGUUACUGCCGACCUGACCAACAAGCUCACAUACCUCGAUAAGUUCAUCAAGGAGACACAGCGUCGCCACAACCCGUCGUACCAGCCUGGGCGCACGUCCAAGAAGGACAUGAUCCUGCCGGGCGGCUACAGGCUGCCCAAGGACUCGGUCGUUAUUCCGGCACUGCACCACAUCCACAACAAUGGCAAGAUCUGGGAGAACCCCAACCGGUUCGAUGUCGACCGCUGGGACACGGACAAGGUCAAGGGGCGGCCGCAGGGCGCGUACACGCCGUUUGCGCAGGGUCCCCGCAUGUGCGUCGGCUUCAACUUUGCGCUGCAGGAGAUUAAAGUCUUCCUGCCCAAGCUUGUGUACCGCUACAAGUUUACACUGGCACAGGAUGGGCCGAUCGAGUAUGAUCCCUACUUCCAGCUCAUCCGGCCAAACAACUUGUACGUGCGGGCGGAGAAGAGAGUCAAGUGGCCUCCCAGGUCAGAGUAG